ACAGCAAAGCGCGACAACGAACUGCUAUUCCCGCCGCCAAUUGACCACUCCAAAUCGCACGAACUCCCUCGCAGUCACUUUCGAACGCUCAAGUCGACGUCGCACAGCGUCUAACCACCGCAAUGCCUACACCGGAGUCCGCACUGUUCCUGGCCAAGAAGCCAAAGGUUGCGCCCACUUUCGAUGGGGUCGACUACGAGGACAACGUUGCCUUCAAGGGUGCACAAGAUGCCAUCAUCCGCGAGCAAUGGGUUCAGAGCAUGAUGGCCAGGCUGGUCAGGGAAGAGAUGGGCAAGUGCUACAGGAGGGAGGGAGUCAACCACUUGGAGAAGUGCGGGCACCUACGAGAGCGCUACUUUGAGCUUCUGAAGGACGCCAAGAUCAAGGGCCACCUUUUCCAGCAGCAGAACUACAACGAUAUGUCGGCAUCGAAGCCAUAGAACAUCCGUCUCGCGAUACUUGGGGAUAUGAGAGCGAGACUAGUAGAAGGUCGAGAGAGACACGUGCGCAAAGACUACACGCACUUGUGAAGAUACGAAUUCAGGUCUACCGGCUGCUUAGUUGACCAUGUCCAAGCCAUCAUGAUGC